AUUAACCGCAGCUCGAAGAAGCCGGUGAUCAGUGAAGCGCUACUGAUUGCGAUGAACGUGCCGGCGUUGCAUACACAAAAGGAACUGAGGCAAUCUAUCAGAUUGCCAUGGUCAUGAUGUUUCAGUUCAUUGUUACCCAUGUGAUUUCGUUUCCCUUGUACAUACGUUAUUUCUGAAAUGCACUGCGUUUGCGACUGAGGGGAGCAGUCGAAAUGUUAACAUAACACAAUUUAUGUCUUCUGUUUGCGUUGUCUAAAAAUACGAAUGGCAAGUUCUGCAUAUGACUCACAGUUGGAACAGGAAGUGGCCAUCAAAAAACUUGCUCAUCCUUUUCAAAACGUCACACACGCCAAGCGCGCCUACCGUGAACUUGUCCUUAUGCGUCUGGUUAAUCACAAAAACAUUAUUUCCUUGCUCAAUGCGUUCAGCCCUCAGCAAACCCUUGAGAGCUUCCAAGAUGUAUAUAUUGUCAUGGAAUUGAUGGAUGCCAACCUCGGACAGGUUAUCCACAUGGACCUGGAUCACGAACGGAUGUCCUAUCUAUUGUAUCAGAUCCUGUGCGGCGUAAAGCACCUGCACACUGCUGACAUCACCCACCGGGACCUAAAGCCUAGCAACAUCGUCGUGCGACACGACUGCAGCUUGAAAAUCCUGGACUUCGGUUUGGCUCGGACCACUAGCAAUAGCUUCACAAUGACGCCAUAUGUUGUGACCAGGUAUUAUCGCGCUCCGGAGAUUAUUCUGGGCAUCCGAUAUUCAGAGAAUGUGGAUAUCUGGUCUGUCGGAUGCAUUUUUGCGGAAAUGGUACUGGAGCGGAUUCUUUUCCCAGGCAGAGAUUAUGUUGACCAGUGGACGAAGAUUACCGAGGAACUUGGCACCCCGGGCCCGGAGUUCAUGAGUCGUCUGGAGACAUCCGUGCGGAAAUACGUGAUGUAUCGUCCUCGAAAUGAACCGCGACCUUUUGAGGAUUUGUUCCCAGACGAUUGCUUCCCUCCUCCUAGCGUAGAACACGAAACGCUGAAUGCGGAGAACGCACGCGAUCUCCUACGGCGAAUGUUGGUCAUUGAUCCACUAGAACGAAUCUCAGUGGAUCAGGCUCUCCGGCAUCCCUACAUCAAUGUAUGGUACGACGAUUCUGAGGUCAAUGGGCCCCCACCAGGUCGGUACGAUGUGUCUUUAUGCGAACGCGAUUUGACCAUUGAUGAGUGGAAAACGCGCAUUUUUGAUGAGGUGAAGCGGCUUGAGUCUCGGAACGGGCCCAUCCGUCGUGAAUGAUGGCAUCCAUGGUUGAGCGAAGAUGCAGCCCCUUUGGUCAUCUCCUCCCUCCAAUGACGCGCGCAUGCAUGUCGACGAACUUACCUCUCGUUUUCGUCUCACAGGAAUGUGAAUUGCCGCGUUUCUCAUCGAACCGAAUUUUCGCCCUCGCCGCCCUCACUCCCACGAUACUACUCUCGUUCUCCGUGAUCAAUGUGAGACAGUGCGCAUUUUCGAAUCCAUCUUCCUUCGGAUCCAGUUGAUGUUUUGCCCACGACCUACUCACCCCUCAGUGGUGGGGUCCAGUUUGAGGCUGUGCUUGUCUCUUUUCUGUUUUGGAACCCGUAUUUCCUCCCCUUCCCUCUCUCAAGACUUAUUUUAUUUCGGCUUUGUUUGCCUCUUUUUUAUUAUCAGUACAAACUUUGACCGGUGGUAUGUUCACUUUUGCUCACGAUGUUGUCUCUAUGCACCAGGUUCAUCACCAAGUCACUAUCUCGCUUACUUGUGCAUGCAUCCCUCUCCUUGUGUCUGUUUCCCUCUCCCUCUCUGAAUGUCCCCGUUGGAUUCUCCCGGUCGUCGUUCUUUUGUUCACCACCACCAGAUCACAUUACAUUCAGUUUCACCAGUGAAAUUGCCCACUUCCCUGAGCUCAUUGUACACUUUGGUAUAUUUCUCAGGUUUUCUUCUGCUUACCCCUGCCACACUCAUUUUACUUUACCUCUUCUGUUUAAUGACUUCAACUGCCAUUGCGCCACUUUGCCAGUUGUUUUCGACUCUAUGAACGGACCUUUCGAUCCGGUUGACCUUGUGCCUCAGUGCCGUCAAGUUCAAUUCCGGUACGGCGAAUUUGUCUAUUUUGACUAUGUAUUUUAGACACUAAUUUGCUCGAUAGUGACGAAUUCAUUACAAUGUGCUGCACAGUC